CACAUCCAUUUUAUUUACUAGUUAUUUAAUAUUGAAAAAGAAAAGAUUAGGUUGAAUUGAUUCAAUUCAAUGGGUUCUUCUACACGAUUGGCUAAACUCAUUUCCACCAUUGCUUUUUCCACUUAUUUCUUUAUCAUCAUUUUUCAAGUCCCCAUUUUCAGUGUUCCAUGCAGAAAGGGAAUCUGCACGACGCCAUUAGAAUUGACAUCUUCUCAAUUAAUUGCAAGUGAAGUGGUUCCUCUUUUCAUAGUGAAAGCUCUUAUCUACCCAGGAGCACUUGCAAGAGCUAUUUUCAAGCAGAAAACCAUCCCAAGUUACCGAAACCUGUUGCACGAUUUCAAUACAAGGACAAUCUCUGUUGCAUCAGAACUCCAACGGCUAGAGGUUCUUGCAGGGAGCUAUUUGUCUGUCGGAGGAGCAAUCUUGGGUCUGAUAAAACCGGGCAGAAUGGGACUUUUUGGAAUACUUCUUUUGAUGUGGGGUCUCAUUAGAGAACUCAUCAUGGGAAAAUCUGGUUUUAGUUAUGCAAAGGGUAUCCAAAUCUAUCCAACCAUUUUUAUUGCUCUAGUAUCAGCAUUCUUUUCCAUUACAAGGGAUGUCAGAAAGAUAAUUAGGACCUUUAAUCUAAAGCAUAUUCGGAAGGCAAAACAUUUCUAAAUGAAUGGAAAGUCGAGACUGGGAUACAUGCGUUGUGAUUUAUGAUGCUUGAAUCUGACAUGACAGGUAGUUUGGUAGGUAGGAAUUCUUCUGCUUACUGUUAAAAUCAAUUUUGUAAACACAGGAAUACGACUUCUUAAUCUUAGGGUAGCCAUCGGAGAAUAUGCAGCAAUUUUUAUGGAUUAUGUGUGAAUGAGGAUGUGUUGGUUAGACAAUAUAUAGAACCUGAUUUAACAGGACAUAAUUCUUAGGAAGUUUAUAAUGCAGCCUAGUGUGCACUUUUAGUUCUUUCACUGAUUUGUUAAAUCUAACCAAAUGGAAGGCAAUUACUAGAAACCAAACAAGACAAAUUCAAGGAAUGAGUUGUAGACAUAGGGAAUGUUUUGCAUUGUGGUUCAUAACAGAAUAUUGUAAAUUCUGAGUCAUGAAAUGCGACAGAUCUGUGUCUUGACACUUGCAAAA